AAGAAAAUUGAGGAUAGAAAAGAUAAGGCCUUUAUAUUCUCUUCCUCGCUCCUGCAAACACUCCGGGACUUUGGAGCAGGAACCUUGCGUUCAUGGAUUCUUGAAGCAUCCUUGGCCAAAAUCGAAUAUUUUUCUCAAUGUCAAGAACAUCGACAACUAUGGAGACUACCACCAAUUCCCACAAAGCUCAAGUCAUUGGAUUCCUCAAACAAAAAGGGUUCGUCGAUGACCAAAUCCACGACAUCUUCAAGCGGUGCAACAAGCUAGAAACCAUCGAAAGAGCGAGCAUCGACGGUAACUGGAACUACUUAACGAGCAUCGGUAUUCAAGAGAGAAAGCUUCCUCGUGUCAUCUCAAAGUGCCCCAAAAUCCUAACUUUAAGCUUAGACAACAAGCUUAUCCCCACAGUGAAUUGCCUUUUGACAUUAGGAUCGAAACCGAGUGAAGUCUCCUCGGCCAUUGUGAAAUUUCCAAAUGUCCUCUCUCACAGUGUUGAAGACAAGCUUUGCCCAUUGCUAGCAUUUUUCCAGUCACUAGGAAUUCAAGACAAGCAGGUGGGCAAACUCCUUUUAUUAAAUCCAAGGCUUAUAAGUUACAGCAUUGAAUCCAAAUUCUCUAAGAUUGUCGAGUUUCUCGAGAGUUUAGGCCUGGAUCAAAGCGAAAUGAUUGGUAAGAUACUGCUGAAGCAUCCAUUCAUCAUGGGCUAUAGCGUUGAGAGGCGACUCAAGCCAACAGUGGAGUUCCUGAAAUCAAUAGGAUUGAAUGAGAUUGAUGUGAAGAAAGUUGCGAUGAACUUCCCUGAGGUUUUGUGUAGAGAUGUGGAGAAAAUAUUGAGACCCAAUUCGAACUUUCUGAAGAGAUGUGGGUUUAAUAAGGGGCAGCUUGCCAUGAUUGUUACUGGGUAUCCUCUUGUGUUGAUAAAGAGUGUGAAGAAUUGCUUGGAGCCAAGAAUUAAGUUUUUGGUGCAGAUAAUGGGGAGAGAUAUUGGGGAGAUUACUGAGUAUCCCGAGUUUUUUCGACAUGGGUUAAAGAAGAACUUGGAGUUUCGGUAUAAGCUUCUUAAAGAGAAGAAUGCAAGCUGUAGUUUGGUUGAGAUGCUUGAUUGUAACAAGAGGAAAUUCUUCCUUAAAUAUGGGGUUUGUUGAUUGUCAAUUGUUUUUUUGAAUUCUGUAGUAGAUUUGAACAUUUUGAUGAGUAAGAAGAGUUUGUCAAUUUGAGCAUGUUUCCUUUGUGUCAGGAACAAAGAGUUGAAUCAUAUUUCUGUGUGUUAUCAUGUA